CCCGUGAUCUCAUUCGCGACGCGCAUUGCUCGUAGGCACGACAGCGGCUCAAAAUGCCGUCCACCGCAGUGUUAUACCAGGAAACGCGCCUGGAUACAUCGACCUCCAAUGUCGUGAACAUCAACACAUCUGGACACGCUACGGGGACAGUUUUCGGUGCAGCAGCUGGUCGCAAGCGAGCAUUCGAUGAAGUCAGCCACGACGAAGAAGGGUUCACACGGAAACACCUCGCGAUCGAGGGAUCUGUGUAUUUCCGGUCACGCAACAAGUCUCCGCGCAGUUUUCUAUGGCGGGUUCUGAACGAACGCAAGGUGCUCGAAGUGCAAUGCGUAGAUCUCGUGCGACCGACCAACAUCUCAGCGGAACAAUCUGCUCCCGAACUCACAAUCAACAUCAUAUUAUCCUCGCCGAUCAUCAAAAAUGGAGUCGCAUUCGCAGAUGCAGAAGAGAAGGAAGCGUUGAACAUAUUCGUCAUCACUGCUGCAAAUCAACUCUACACCUUCACUCUCAAACGAGACCUGUUGACGCGAAGCUCGUCAACCGCAGAUUUUGACGCUUCCAGCACGUUCAAAAAGUUCACAUCGUCAUCUUUCAGCUUUCGACAACCAUAUCGCCUCGUAGCGGCUAGUAGUCUGGAAUUGUUCGUGUCGCUUCACGAUGGCGGCUUGGUUAGACUUGAUAGGCAGCCGAAUGAGGGAGGAUCGCAUUGGCGGGAGACUUUCUUCAGCGAAGGUGGCUGGUCCGGCACGCUGAAAGGCUUGAUACCCUUCAAUCGCCCACAAACAGUUCGCUUUGGUUCCCUGGAUCUGGAUUCAAGUUCUGCUGUCGCGAUUGCCAAGAGUCCGGACGGCGCCUACAUAUGGACCUUGAGUUUGGAUUUCUAUAUCAAAGCAUGGAGCACCAAGACAGGCAAGAUCGCUACGCAGGUCGACCUGCUCGACGAUGGUUCAGUGUCAGACGAACGAAAGAAGCCAGCGCGGCACGUCAUGAGUGCAGAGCAAGGGACUUUGCUUCACAUAGUGACGCCGCCCGUGUCCGCAAAAGCCCGACAGAAUAAAGAAACUGAGAAUAACAGUAAUUACUUCCUGGCUGUAGUCUCGCCUAAGGACUACCAAAUCAAGUUCUUUGCAAUUUCAACAACAUUCUCGUCCAUCGAAGGCGAGGCGCUCAGAUGCCAGGAUGUGCAACCGCUGACGAAAUUGAUACCGCCGAUCGAAGACCUUAUGAACACGAACAUUUGGCAUCUCGAGAGUUUCUUCGUCAAAGCUGGUGUACAAUGGCUAGGCUCGCAGAUGUGGAUCCGCGCACGGAGUGGCGCACAUUGUAGAACCUUCCUCUUGAACUUUGACUUAUUGGACAGCCAUGGCUUGCCCGCGGACAUCAGCGACCAAUGGCGUGGAGGAUGGAGCGCGGUGGACUUACAAUCACAUUCCAUCGAGAGACUAAAGGAGCUGCCAGAGUACAACGACCUGGAUGUCAUUUCCGAGGCGACAGCAACAACACCCACCGACCGGUGGCUGGCGUUCUUGUUCUCCCCCAAUCGUUUCAGUGAAGCCUCGCUUGAGACCUCAUUACACGUGUAUGGCAAGAGCCGAGGUACCGCUGCCAACACAGGUCGGGGCCUGCACACUGCCGAGCUGCCUCUUCAGGAACGCAUUGCAACCAGUGUCGCAUCGAAAGUCACUCUUGGCCGGCAUGCCGAGAGCGAACAGCCAGAUUACGAUCGAUAUGCUCUCGACCUUCAGGCUCAGUGGAAGAUGUUCUUCUCUGUUCUGGCCCACCUUCAUAGCCGCAGAAUUGAAUCGAUUGGUUUUGCCGUCGACCUCGACGAGGGACUCCCCUGGACCAUCUACACCGACUUUGUCGCCCCUAUUCGUACAUGCAGUAACUUUGAGCUGCUAUGCCUCAAUACUGAUAUGUCGUUCGAUGAGGACAUCGCAAACAGCCAGACGGUCGAACAGAUUUUUGCAAAUGAGCAGGAGAUGAUACAGAGUCGUGUCAUUGCUGCAGCCCGUCAACUUCGCAACAAUGUCUCAGCGGCGUCCAUCAAGAGGCUCAGAAGCGCCGCGAUCGCAAGAUCACUCGAUUCUGAACCAGAAACAACGGGUGCAGAAUCCCUUCAAGCUAUGUGUGACCAGUGCGGUAUCGCCAAAGAGGUGUCUGAUGAGGAUUACGAUGCUUUGAACGCCACAGCAGAGGCAUUCAACGGGCUCGGAAGCCUGAGCGACGAUGAUUUCCUGGGCAUCCUAGAAUGUCUGGAAUAUGCUCCAGAGUCAAUCGGUCCCGAGCAGGCGUGCAUGCUUCCCCGGUAUGGUAUCAAAUCAAGCAUCGCGACAGUGCAGGAGGUGCUUCAUAGUGCACAGAUUGCCCUCCUGGACCUGCUCUUGCUUGUCGUUUUCAUGUCAGGCGAACUCGAGGCAAGUGAGCUACAUGCUGACUUCCGGUCCGAUGAGAUUCACGAUGCUAUAAUCAGGCGAAUGAGGGAUACCGAGCUCCGACUAUGGCUCAUCAGCAACGUGAGGACCAAACCAAACGCUACUGCAACUGACUCGGCUCCCGUAACUCUCCAUGAGAGCAUGUUCCUUCCUGACUGGGACCCGCGACCUGCGAUCAAAGGAUCGCCCUUGAGUGAGCGACUUACGACGUGGAGCACACGAUGGACCUUCGGGCUUGUGCUCAGCAACUGGGAAGGUAUCACGGAGCACAUCAUGGCCAAUCUACUCAAAUACAAAGACUACGAGCUCGCGGUCGAAUUCCUUUCAUUCAUGACAGAAAGUUCUUGGACUUCGGAGUACCUCAAAGCUCGAAUGCACCUCAUGACUGGCGACUACGCACUCGCUAGUGUCGAGUUCAGGAAAGCUGCGGAAGACCUCCCCGAGGCCAAAUUUGCAAGCUCACCUGCGGUACGACAGCUUUUGUCCCCAGAAGAAGCCAAUUACUUUGGCGUGAAUGCCUCGAAGUACUACCAGCAUGUAUCUGCGCUCUUCGAAAAGCUGAAGGCUUUCUCGUACACAGCCGACUUUGCCUCACUUGCUCUAAGCGAGUUUGGUACGGACACCGACGUCGAUCAAUCCAUCGCUGAGAUAGACAUGCGAAAGAGUAAGAGCGACCGCCCGACCGGUGAAGCUAUCGACGAUGCCAUGGAGGAGAUCAGGCUACUCCAAUUACGAACGACGAAAGACGACAUACUAAAUCGACUUUUCAACGCCCUCGUUCAGACCGGCCGCUUCGACCAAGCCUACAACACAUUAGUCACCGUCGUGAACCCGGCUCUCCGCCGAGCAAACCUGCAGACUCUUCUACAAACAUGCAUCCAACAAGACGCGACUUCCGAAUUCUUACAAUUGCCGAUUGAAGCCGACCUCGCCUACGAGGCCGACGCCAUCCUCGUCUCGCUCGCCAAGCGCCACCUCGGAUCCAAACUCUCCUCAAGUCCCCUCUACCAUCGCAUCCUCUUCGCCUUCCGCACUCGCCGCGCAGACUACCGGGGCGCCGCGGCGAUUCUCUAUGAGCACCUAGAAAGCCUCCGCCACGGCUCGAGACAUUCCCUGCACGAUCCCGAGGAUGAGACUCUGAUCCAGAUCUACGUCCUGUUGAUCAAUACAUUGGCAUGCUGCGGCCCGGACGAAGGCUGGCUCCUCGCCGAGCCGGUCUCGGGCGUGCAUGCGGCGGAAGCGAAGCGGAAAUUGGUCACGUUGGAGGAUGUCCGCCGGGACUACUCGGCCGAGCUGGACAGGCGAUCGGAUAUGCUGCAGGGGCGCUUUCCGGUGAUCGGUGGCGGUGAUGAUCAUAUGAUGGAUGUACUAUAGGAAAGUGCGACAUUGACUGUGCCGACCACGUGCACAAUUUCGCUGGCGAUGAAUUAGCGAUGUGAUGUGUCUCAUGCAAGUCAAGAUACCCGUAAUGUAUGAAUGAAGCGUUGAUGGUUUCACGAGCGUGCGCAUGAUGUCGUUCCUUGGUGCUAAUGAGUGAUGUAAUGCUUGUUGAAUAUGGACGCAUACAGACAGCAUUCCAAGAGUCAAAAGAAAGAUAGUAUAGAACGGGUAUAGAUGCCUAGAAGCCCAAAUGCA